AUUUUGUACUGCUACGCCGGGUAUUUAUCAGAAGAGUCGUGACUGCCCCGUUUACACUGCUAGUUGGUGGUCUGACGGUUCCUGGUUUAUUCUGUUUUACUUCUCUAGCCUGUGGCCUUCGAUAGGUUUCGCGAAGUGCAAUUUUGGAGUUGACAUUUGUAAUUAACUUUGUAUAUUUAGUUUAUUUUUAUAUUGCGUGAGAAAGAAUGUCGUCCGAAAGCCCCGAAUACUCUCCUUUUUUCGCAGUGAUGGGUGCCUCUGCAGCGAUGGUGUUCAGCGCCUUGGGAGCUGCCUAUGGCACAGCGAAGAGCGGUACAGGGAUCGCCGCCAUGUCUGUGAUGAGGCCAGAGCUCAUCAUGAAGUCAAUCAUCCCUGUGGUCAUGGCGGGUAUUAUAGCCAUCUAUGGCCUGGUAGUAGCAGUGCUGAUCGCCAACAACAUUUCAGAGAGAGUCACCCUCUACAAGAGUUUCCUGCAUUUGGGAGCUGGGCUGAGCGUGGGCCUCAGUGGGCUGGCAGCAGGCUUUGCAAUUGGCAUCGUGGGUGACGCAGGCGUGAGGGGAACAGCUCAACAGCCAAGGCUUUUUGUGGGCAUGAUCCUCAUUUUGAUUUUCGCUGAGGUCUUAGGUCUCUAUGGGCUCAUCGUCGCCCUCAUUCUCUCCACGAAAUAAACAUCCAAACAUCCACUACAAGAUCUGUCCUUUAUGUUGCUGUUGGAGAAAAAGUGUAAAACGGGAAAAAAUUGAAAAAUUUCUGCCACACAAGAUGAAAGAAGUGAAGGCGGGAAAAAAUGAAUUAAGAUGGAACCAUAAAUAUGGUCUUAUCUCAACAAUGUGUACAGUCGUUCCAAUUUGAUAGUCAACUUGUAAAUGCGCAUUGUAGUGAUUUAUCUGUCUUAUGUGUGUAUGAGUGUGUGUGUGGGUGUGUGUGUGUGUGUGUGUGUGUUUCGAAACAGCUGUAUGAUGAAGAUUCCUUUUUUUCCCUCCACUUAUUUCAGGCCUUGAGGCCAGCUGAGGCACCCUGGCCUCUGGUCCUAGAGAGCUGACCAAAAGGCCACACAGCUUUUUCUCCUCUCAUAUCAGCCUGGGAGUUGACACAAUUUCUGCAUUAAUCUUGAGGAUCUAUUUGUAAAGAGAAAUGUAUAUGGACUUAACAAUUUUUUUUCCACUGAUUUUAUUUAUAAGAAAUUGUUCAUUGAACUGUACAAUGCAGCAGAAGUCUUUAAUUCCCCAGGAUAUAUUAUACAUAUAUAUACAGACAUAUAAAUAUCUAUAUAGAUUUAAUGCACUGUGGGGUAGUUGUGAUAAGUGGUUGGAAUUCCUCUGGAUGUAAUUCUUGGUUUAAAUAUUAAGAUUGCCAUUAGUAUGUUGCUGGUGAAGUGGGAUUUUUGUGUGUAGCUGUAUUCUAAUCAUUAUGCAAACAUUCUCAAACUUCAGUGUUUUUUCCUGUAGUACUGCUGUUUGCAUUAAAGGUGUGUGUGCGCCCCGUCAUGGGUCUCACAAGUGUAAUUUCCAAAUCUCACCUUAUCUCCAAACCCCCACCCCCUCCUCCAAAUCAUCUGUGGCUGUAUUUCAUCUCUUCCACAUUCCAGCCAUUAAAAUCCUGCAUGGGUUUCAGUGUCCUGUAGCUGUUGGAUAUGAAGCUGAAGAGCAGGCUAGUUUCAGAAGAUGUAAUCCAGAUCAAAAAAGUAGUUAAAUAUCACGUAUAUGGAAAAAAAUGAAGUUGAUGACCCAAGAAGACUUGAUGUAAUAAUUUGUAGCAUGCAGCAGGAAUCCAGUGAGAUUAGUGUUCAGGUUUGGCCUAGUUUCAUGAUAGGACUGGUCUGAUUUGAUCUGGAGUUUGUUUUCUGAAAACUGAACUGCUGCUGAUGCAUUUACCGAAGCGCCAAUCUACAACCAUGUAUUACCGCUGGUAUUGAAGUUAUCCUGAUGUGCCGACGUGUGUGUGUGUGUGUGUGUCACAAUCGAAUUAAAGAAGAUCCCAACUGA